UAAUACCCACUUUUAAUAAAAUAAAAUGACUAACUAAAAUGAUUCGGUGAGAAUAAUGUAUUACUCAUUUAUUUAUCCAAUCAAAAAGUACCAAGUAGAUCCACCAGCAAUUAAGCUAUUUUUAACUUUACAUUUCUCCAUAGUCCUUACCAUAAUUAUUUCUCUGUGUAUGUGAAACUUCCGAUCUACGCACCUCUUCCUUUUCUUCUCUUCCCCCAAUUCCCCUUUAGCGCUUCACUCAAAAUACACACACACCGAUUCAUACUAAGUACACCUUUUCCCCACCAGAUCUGAGUUAAAUUUGACAGCAAAAUCAAAAUCCAGUUAGGGUUUCAUAUACACACAGCAAAAUUAAUCGAGCAUUGAGCAAAUUUUGUUUGUUGAAAGAUGUUGACGAAGUUUGAAACGAAGAGUAAUAGAGUGAAAGGACUGAGUUUUCAUAGCAAAAGGCCAUGGAUCUUAGCUAGUCUUCAUAGCGGUGUGAUUCAGUUAUGGGAUUAUCGUAUGGGAACUCUUAUUGAUCGAUUUGAUGAACAUGAUGGCCCUGUUCGUGGCGUUCAUUUUCAUAAGUCCCAGCCUCUUUUUGUAUCUGGAGGAGAUGACUACAAGAUAAAGGUCUGGAAUUAUAAGCUGCAUCGCUGCUUAUUUACUCUGCUUGGACAUCUUGAUUAUAUUCGCACUGUCCAAUUUCAUCAUGAAUAUCCUUGGAUUGUCAGUGCAAGUGAUGAUCAGACAAUCAGGAUAUGGAACUGGCAGUCUCGCAAUUGUAUUUCUGUCUUGACUGGGCACAAUCAUUAUGUGAUGUGUGCCUUAUUUCAUCCCAAAGAGGAUUUGGUUGUCUCAGCAUCUUUGGAUCAGACUGUUCGGGUCUGGGAUAUUGGUGCUCUAAGGAAGAAAACUGUUUCUCCUGCUGACGACAUCUUGCGCUUGAGCCAGAUGAAUACAGACUUCUUUGGUGGAGUAGAUGCUGUUGUGAAGUAUGUCUUGGAGGGUCAUGAUCGAGGGGUUAACUGGGCUUCAUUUCACCCUACACUGCCCCUAAUUGUGUCUGGUGCAGAUGAUCGCCAGGUGAAAAUCUGGCGGAUGAAUGAUACAAAGGCCUGGGAGGUGGACACAUUGAGAGGUCAUAUGAACAAUGUAUCUUGUGUUUUGUUCCAUUCAAGGCAAGAUAUUAUUGUUUCAAAUUCAGAGGAUAAGAGCAUUCGAGUGUGGGAUGCUACAAAAAGGACUGGUCUUCAGACUUUUCGAAGGGAGCAUGACAGAUUCUGGAUCCUUGCAGCUCAUCCUGAGAUGAAUCUUCUAGCAGCUGGUCAUGACAGUGGAAUGAUAGUGUUCAAGUUGGAGAGAGAGCGCCCUGCUUUUUCCGUGAGCGGGGAUUCUUUGUUUUAUGUGAAGGACCGUUUUCUCCGUGUGUAUGAGUAUUCAACUCAGAAGGAGAAUCAGUUGAUACCAAUUAGAAGGCCUGGUUCAAACAGUCUGAACCAAGGUCCAAGAACACUUUCUUACAGUCCUACAGAAAAUGCUAUUUUGAUCUGUUCGGACACAGAUGGGGGCUCCUAUGAACUUUACAUUAUACCUAAAGACAGUUAUGGUAGGGGUGAAACUGUUCAAGAUGCGAAAAGGGGAAGUGGAGGAUCAGCAGUUUUUGUUUCUCGGAACAGGUUUGCGGUGCUUGAGAAGAGCACCAAUCAAGUCCUGGUCAAAAAUCUGAAAAAUGAACUUGUUAAGAAAAACCCUCUUCCCACUAUUACUGAUGCAAUAUUUUAUGCUGGCACCGGAAACUUAUUGUGCAGGGCAGAGGACAGAGUUGUUAUCUUUGAUCUGCAGCAGAGAAUUGUUGUUGGGGAGCUGCAGACUCCUUUCAUCAGGUAUGUCGUUUGGUCAUCUGACAUGGAAAGUGUUGCUUUGCUUAGCAAGCAUUCCAUAGUAAUAGCUGAUAAGAAGCUUGUGCACCGUUGCACUCUUCACGAGACAAUUCGUGUCAAGAGUGGUGCCUGGGAUGACAACGGAGUCUUCAUAUAUACAACACUUACCCACAUCAAGUACUGCCUUCCUAAUGGAGAUAGUGGAAUCAUCAAAACCUUAGAUGUCCCAGUUUACAUUUCUAAGAUAUAUGGGAACACUAUCUUUUGCUUGGAUCGAGAUGGCAAAAACCGUCCUAUUAUUAUUGAUUCAACUGAAUAUAUAUUCAAGCUGGCCCUGCUUAGAAAGAGGUAUGACCAAGUUAUGAGUAUGAUAAGAAACUCCGAGCUCUGUGGUCAAGCCAUGAUUGCCUAUUUGCAGCAGAAGGGUUUUCCUGAGGUUGCUCUUCAUUUUGUCAAGGAUGAGCUUACUCGUUUCAACUUAGCACUUGAAAGUGGGAACAUUGAGAUAGCUCUUGAAUCUGCUAAGAAGCUUGAUGAGAAAGAUCAUUGGUAUAGACUUGGGGUGGAGGCCCUUCGGCAGGGCAAUGCAGGUAUUGUUGAAUAUGCCUACCAGAAGACGAAGAAUUUUGAGAGGCUCUCUUUCCUUUAUCUAAUAACAGGAAACUUGGAUAAGUUAUCAAAAAUGAUGAAAAUUGCUGAGGUAAAGAAUGAAGUUAUGGGUCAAUUUCAUGAUGCCUUGUACCUUGGUGAUGUUCGUGAGCGUGUUAAGAUUUUGAAGAAUGCUGGUCAUCUUCCCCUUGCAUACGUCACAGCUACUGUGCACGGGCUCAAGGAUACUGCUGAGCGUCUUGCAGAAGAACUGGGUGAUAACGUUCCAUCACUGCCAAAGGAGAAGAAAGCAUCUCUCUUGCAGCCCCCAACUCCCAUUUUGGGUGGGGGAGACUGGCCUCUACUGAUGGUGACAAAAGGGAUAUUUGAAGGUGGUUUGGAUGCUACAGUCAGGGGUGGACAUGAGGAUUAUGAAGAGGCUGCAGAUGCUGAUUGGGGUGAGUCACUGGAUAUUGGUGAUGUGGAAAAUCUGCAGAAUGGGGAUAUCAGUAUGGUGCCGGAUGAUGAAGAAGGAAAGGAGGAAGUUGACGAGGAAGGAGGAUGGGAUCUUGAGGAUUUGGAUCUGCCACCUGAUACUGACACACCAAAGAUUGCUUCCAAUGCUCGCUCCUCUGUUUUUGUUACCCCAACCCCUGGAAUGCCUGUCAGCCAGAUUUGGGUCCAAAAAUCAUCUCUUGCUGCAGAACAUGCAGCUGCUGGCAAUUUCGAUACUGCUAUGCGGUUGCUGAGCCGACAACUAGGGAUUAAGAACUUCUCUCCAUUAAAGCAGUUGUUCUCUGAUCUUCAUAUGGGAAGCCACACACAUCUACGUGCCUUCUCCUCGGCACCAGUUAUCUCUUUGGCAAUUGAGAGAGGUUGGAGCGAGUCAGCUAGUCCCAACGUGCGCGGUCCGCCUGCCCUUAUCUUCAAUUUCAGUCAGCUGGAAGAAAAACUUAAGGCUGCCUAUAGGGCCACUACUGCUGGGAAAUUCUCUGAUGCUCUUAGAUUAUUCCUGAGCAUUCUUCACACCAUUCCUCUGAUUGUGGUUGAUUCAAGACGUGAAGUGGAUGAGGUCAAAGAAUUGAUUAUCAUAGUGAAGGAGUACGUUUUAGGUUUGCAGAUGGAAGUUAAGAGGAAGGAAUUGAAAGACAACCCUGUUCGUCAGCAGGAAUUGGCUGCCUACUUCACACACUGUAAUCUGCAGCUUCCACACUUAAGACUCGCAUUACAGAAUGCUAUGACUAUCUGCUAUAAGUCAAGCAAUCUUAGCUCAGCGGCCAACUUUGCUAGGAGACUAUUGGAGACAAAUCCAACCAAUGAAAACCAAGCGAAAACUGCCCGCCAGGUUCUUCAAGCAGCUGAGAAAAAUAUGAGAGAUGCUACCGAGUUGAAUUACGACUUCAGAAAUCCUUUUGUGGUAUGUGGCGCAACAUAUGUCCCCAUAUACAGAGGCCAGAAGGAUGUCACUUGCCCCUAUUGUACUACUCAUUUUGUUCCAUCCCAGCAAGGACAGCUUUGUACUGUUUGUGAUCUUGCAGUUGUAGGAGCAGAUGCCUCCGGCUUGCUUUGCUCACCAUCACAGGUCAGAUAAUUUCUGUUUUUCAAAUCAGCUCAUUUGGCCGUCAUUCAGAAGCUUCCGGUUCUACAUUAGAAGUUAGGGACGAGUAUUGACAGGCCUGCUUUUGAUCGGGUUGUACCUUUGGUUUAUAUUUGUUUUGGUUUAUGCUAUAGUUUUAUGAACCUAAUUGCCCUUCUCUAUCAGUUUCAUGAUUACAAUUUUGAUUGUAAUAAAGCAUCUUGUAAGUUUUUGACUUGGACCAA